AGAUUACCGUCCCGCCGCUGCUUGGCUCACUUCCUCUCCCUCUUCGACCUGUUAGGGUUUGAGAUCGUCGGCCUCUUCUUCUUUCUGUUUCGAUGAAGCUGACAUGUCUAAGCCAAGGGAGUGGCUACCACUGCCCGCCCACUCAUAUCCUCCAGCUCUGCGGCUUCCGCCUCCUCCUCGAGUGCCCCAUCGACCUCUCCUCUCUCGCUGUCUUCUCCCCUAUCCCUUCCACCGGCGCCGCCAACCUCGACGCCUCCUCUGGCCUCCUGCGAGCCCUACCGUGGUACAAAACCGUGCCGGGGCUCCACCUCUGGGACCCGUCCCUCAUCGAUGCCGUACUGGUCUCGUCCCCCGCAGGCAUGCUUGGCUUGCCCUUCCUCACCCGCAACGCCAAAUUCUGUGGCAAGAUUUAUGUGACGGAGGUGGUGGCGAGGAUCGGGAAGCUGCUGAUGGAGGAUCUCUUGUCGAUGCAUGCUGAAUUCCUGCAAUUUUAUGGUGCUGAUGCGUCUCCCAAGUGGAUGAAGUGGGAGGAGCUCGAGAAGCUGUCGCCUGAGCUGAAGCAAGUGGUCCUGGGGGAAGAUGGGGAGGGGUUGGGGGCUUGGAUGCCCUUGUACAGUGCUGCAGAUAUAAAGGAAUGCAUGCAAAAAAUCCAGCCUCUGAAGUAUGGUGAAGAAACUUGCUUUAAUGGAUCCGUAAUCAUGAAAGCAUACAGCUCAGGUCUGGACAUUGGAAGCUGCAACUGGACAAUAAAUAGCCCCAAAAGAAGUAUUACAUAUUUAUCAAGCUCCUUAUGCAUGCCAGCUUGUUGGAAGGGUUUUGAUUACCGUUCCCUGCUUGGGAAUGAUUUAGUUAUAUUCUCAGAUCUAUCAUCACUAAGCAGCACUGCUAAUACUUGUACUGAAACUCGUGAAAUUAGGAAGAACGAUAUGAUGGUGGACAAUGAUCCUUCUCUUUGUAGUGCUUCUGCUCUCAGUAAGGAUGAAAUACCCCAUCAGUUGUUUGGCACUGAUGAAACGUCAGAUGAGAUUGAGAAGAUCAGUUUUAUAUGCUCCUGUAUCAUAGAUUCCCUGGAAGGAGGAGGUUCAGUUUUGAUACCCAUAGGCCGACUGGGAACAGUACUUCUGCUACUGGAGCAGAUAUCUGAUUCACUAGAGUCCUUCAAUUUAAAGGUCCCGAUAUUUAUGAUUUCUCCUACAGCAGAAGAGACGUUGGCAUUUGUAAACACUGUGCCGGAAUGGCUUUCUAAGCAACGGCAACAGAAGCUAUUCUCAGGGGAGGCAUUGUUUAACCAUGUCGAACUCAGGAAAGUGAACCGGCUUCAUGUAUUCCCAUCAAUUUACUCAUCUGAGUUGCUAAUGAUGUGGCAGGAGCCCUGCAUAAUCUUUUCUCCUCAUUGGAGUCUUCGGCUUGGUCCAGUUGUUCCUUUGCUUCAUCGAUGGCAUGCUGAUCCAAAAUCCUUACUCAUUCUAGAGCAAGGAGUUAAUGUUGAAGUGGGUCUCCUGCCAUUCAGACCAGUGGCCAUUAAGGUUCUCCAGUGUUCAUUUCUUUCUGGGAUCAUGAUGCAUAAGGUUGAACCACUGCUGGAAAUCUUGCAUCCUAAACUUGUUCUGUACCCUGAAGAUCUGAGGAUUCAGCACCCUGUCAAGGAGAACAACUCAUGGUCAGACUUGUACUAUUCUGAAAAUGUACAAUUACGGGUUCCAAGUUUUGUGGAGGACGUCAAGGCGUGCUUGGAAACAAAUCUUGCAUUUCAGCUUCGGCCUAGAAGACUGACACAACAAAAUAUAGCCAUUGCCAGACUAAAGGGGAGGAUUUUCUUGAGUAAAGGAAAAUAUUUCUUGGCUGCCUCAAGAAUUCCAAUGGAAUUCUCAAACAAACAGUUACUUUAUUGGGGUUCUAUUGAGCCCACUAGCCUACUUCUGGCAUUGCAAGAGAGGGGGUUAGUUGGAACAAUUAAUUGGAACAAGGAUGCUGCAAAUGGUGUCUACACAAUUCAGAUAACCAACCCAGAGAAGGCAGUGAUUGAAACCAGUGCAAGGAAGACCACAAUCAGUUGUGAAGACGAAAAUACCGCUACCCUGAUUUAUGAGGCACUUAGCAAUGUAUGUGAUGGAAUAUAAAAGGGUACAAUUCUGCAGAGGCUUUAUUUAGAUGCAAAUUUAGCACUCAUGGUCAUUCACAAUCAGAAGUUUCAGUACCAGCAAUCACUCAGGAUGCUUUCUCCAAGCUAUCUGCUUCUGUUAGUUUCUAAAUGUGACCUCACAAAAUUGGUGACGACAAAUGUUGCAUGUUUGCGAGAGAUGCUAAGGAUUGCAAAGAAAGUGCUGGACUUUAAAAGCUGCAUCUUUGAGCACAUUUUUGCUUCAACUUGUACUUCCCUGCAAUUUUGGGUGAGCUAUUGAUCCUUGAACAAUUCUAUGCAUCUCCCUUUAUUACUGAUUACAUUUUGAUCACAGGAGAUGGAUUGAUAGUGGUUAGGGGUGUGUAGUGACUUUUGUGCCUUAAGUUUUAUGGAAUGUUAAGGUGCAAUUGAGAUGAUUGGUCA